UUACAUUUUCAUCAAAUCAGCGGCUAAAUGAAGUUAAACUAAAGUUGUUUUAACGUUAUAUUGCAAAAUGGAGGUUGCGUUUACGCGCUAUACAAACUCAAGUGUCAGUAACAAGGAGAAAGACGAUUUAUUUGGUGCUGCUCACCUCUUGUAAAAUGAACACGCUUGAUCAUAUUACAAAUUAAAAGUUUACAGUUAGCUGAAAUGACUUUUUAGCGUCGACAUCCGAUGAGGAAGUAACUAUAGCGGUCUGGCCAUUGAUGACUAGAAAAACCGAUGGACAGGAUAUGAGACACACCGAACUCAGGAAAGAUUGUUCAUAACAGCGAUUAUUACUCAUUUGCACCAACUGAGAGAAAUAUUAAUUCAUCUAAAGAUUGGCCCAAAAUACUCAUCGCCAUGACAACCUCAGAGCCAAUCAAAUUUCGAGUCUUGUCUCUCAACUGCUGGGGGGUCCGAUUCCUCAGUAAGAAAUGCCAGGAGAGGUUUGUUCUGAUCGGAGAGCUGCUGAAUCAGGAAGAGCUGGAUGUAGCGUUACUACAGGAGGUUUGGUGUGAGAAAGACUUCUUGUAUUUAAAGAAGAAGCUCAGCAGUGUAUAUCCACAUUCUCAUUAUUUUAAAAGUGGAUUUUUUGGGAGCGGACUGGCUGUGUUUUCCAAACAUCAAAUCCAUGAUGCCUUUCUCUACAGAUACUCAUUAAAUGGAUAUCCGUACAUGGCUCAGCAUGGCGACUGGUUUGGUGGUAAAGCUGUGGGGAAGCUCCUGCUGAACAUCAGUGGGCUGAAGGUUCAUGUCUUUGUCACUCAUCUGCAUGCAGAAUAUUGCAGAGAGAAAGAUUCGUAUCUCCCGCACAGAGUGGUUCAAGCCUGGGAGCUGCAACAGUUUAUAAGGCAUACUAGCGCUGGAGCAGACGUGGUGAUUCUGGGUGGAGAUCUGAACAUGCAUCCGGAUGAUCUGGGCACCAGACUGCUGAGAAACUACACUGGACUGCAGGACAGCUUCACCGAGGCCGCUGCAUUUGAUGGGUGUGAAGGAGGACUCACUCAUAUAUCUGAAAACCCGUUCACACACGCGGAUGGACUCGCUCCAUUUGGUGGAGGGAUCCGAAUCGACUAUAUCAUGUUUAAGGGAUCAGGGGAAGUGGAUGUGAGCUGCGAGUCUUUGUCCACUACUAAGGGUCCUGUUCCCGGACAGCCGUUUCCGUACUCUGACCACGAGGCUCUCACUGCCCAGUUCCUGUUUACACCAACUAAAAAGGGCAAUAAAUGCGCGGAGAACAAAUCUGGCUGCAUUUCAGAUGAUCUUCCUGAGCUGGUCAACACGGUGAAUGAAGCUCGCACUGAAGUAAAGGUAGGUCUGCACUGCUCUGAGGGCAUGCGCUACACUGCGGCUCGAACAGGAAUCAUGGGUCUCGUCCUGUUAAUACUGGAGCUGGUCAUCGCUGCUGUCCCGUUGUUUGCUCUGGGAGCCGAACAGCCCUUUCCCAAGGCCACCUUCUACCUGCUGGGGGCGCUGUGCUUUGCCAUCCUGCUCUCCACACUGAUGCUGUACAUCUUCUACAGUAUGGAGGUGAAGGCGCUGCAAGGCACUGAGGACCAGAUGAGACUAGCCGUUAGUAGCCUUCAGGAAGAGCUUAAGGAGUACCCCAAGGUUCUGUCCUUGGACCAUCUACGUAAUCCACACGAUUGCAAGAAUUUGGCUCAUUCGUAGCUUUUUAUCAAUGGAAUCAGACUUUAUAACUACUAAUAAGCAGUUAAUAUCUUAAUAGGCAGGUAAUAAGCCAGUAGUUAAGUAGCUUUCAGGAGCCAGUUUGAGUACCCCAAGGUUCUGUCCUCCGACCAUCUGCUGAAAUCCACCGGGAGUGCAAGAAUUUGGCUCACUUGUAGCUUUUUAGCAAUGGAAAACUACUUUAUAACUACUAAUGAACACUUUGUAUCUUAUUAAUAGGCAGGUAAUAAGCCAGUUGUUAAGUAGCCCUCAGGAACAGUUAAGGGGUCCCCCAAGGUUCUGUCCUCGGACCAUCUGCGAAAUCCAAUCGAGUGCAAGAUUUUGGCUCAUCUGUAGCUCUUUAGCAAUAAAGUCAUACUUUAUAACCAGUAACGAACAGUUUAUAUCUUAAUAAUAGGCAGGUAAUAAGCCAGUAGUUAAGUACCCUUCAGGGACAGCUUAAGGAGUCCCCCAAGGUUCUGUACUCAGACCAUCUGCAAGGAUUUGGCUCAUUAGUAGCUUUAUAGCAAUGGAAUAAUGCUUUAUAACCAGUAAUGAUCAAGUAAUAUACAGUAAAUAACCGGUAAUAAGCCAGUAGUUAUGUAGCUUUCAGGAACAGCUUAAGGAGUCCCCCAAGGUUUUGUCCUCUGAAUAACUGUUCAGUCCACAAUCCACAAGGUUCAGUCCUCGGACCAAUCCACUCGAGUGCAAGAAUUUGGCUCAUUUGUAGAUUUUUAGCAAUAAACACAUACUUUAUAACUAGUAAUGAACAGUUCAUAUCUUAAUAAUAGGCAGGUAAUAAGUAGACUUUCAAAACAGUUUAAGGAGUCCACUCAAUGGCAAGAAUUUGGCGCAUUGGUAUCAUGUUAUUAGCUACUGGCUUAUUAUCUGCCUAUUAAAAAGUUAUUAACUGUUCAUUAGUAGUCAUAACUUUUAAUUAUUAGGAGCUUACGAUUAGU